UGCCUAAGCGACGCGAUGGGCCAAGGCGACGAGAAAGAUCGUGUUGUAAUUAACGUGGGAGGGAUUAGACACCAGACUUACCGCAGCACCCUGCGCACUCUCCCGGGUACUCGUUUAGCCUGGCUCGCGGAGCCUGACGCUCAUAGUCAUUUUGACUACGAUGCCCAGAUCGAUGAGUUCUUCUUUGAUCGCCACCCAGGCGUCUUUGCGCACAUCCUCAACUACUACAGGACUGGCAAGUUGCACUGCCCUGCAGAUGUGUGUGGCCCUUUAUAUGAAGAAGAACUGGCGUUCUGGGGUAUUGACGAAACGGACGUUGAACCAUGCUGCUGGAUGACCUAUCGUCAGCACCGUGAGGCGGAAGAGGCUCUGGACAGUUUUGGAGGAGGGCCUGCCGAGAUGGGUAACGACGAAACGGAUGAUGGCAUGGGAGAUCCAACGGACGGCGAUGAGGAACUGGAAAUGACCAGGAGACUGGCUCUAGGCGACUCUCCUGAUGCCCGGUCUGGCGGACUGUGGCAACGUUGGCAACGCCGUGUCUGGGCACUCUUUGAGGAUCCUUAUUCUUCUAAAUAUGCAAGGUGGAUUGCCUUCGCUUCGUUGUUCUUCAUCUUGGUGUCUAUAACUACAUUUUGCCUGGAAACGCAUGAGAAAUUCAACCCCAUCAUCAACCGCACGGACAUAGACCCCAUUGACAACACUACACGAUACUACCCAGAGACAGAGACGGUGCUCUACCUCACCUAUAUUGAAGGAGUGUGCGUCAUAUGGUUCACCUUUGAGUUCCUCAUGCGUGUCACCUUCUGUCCGGACAAGUUAAAAUUUUUCCGUAACACUCUCAACAUCAUCGACUUUGUGGCCAUCCUGCCUUUUUACUUGGAGGUCGGGCUGAGCGGGCUCUCUUCCAAAGCCGCUAAGGACGUGCUUGGCUUUUUGCGCGUGGUCCGUUUCGUUCGAAUACUACGGAUCUUCAAGCUGACUCGUCACUUCGUAGGGCUCCGUGUCCUCGGACAUACACUUCGAGCCAGCACCAACGAGUUUUUACUCCUCAUCAUCUUCCUCGCCCUGGGUGUGCUCAUCUUCGCAACCAUGAUCUACUACGCGGAGAGGAUCAGCGCCAACCCCAACGACCCGCGGGCCAGCGACCACACGCACUUCAAGAACAUCCCCAUUGGUUUCUGGUGGGCGGUGGUCACCAUGACGACACUGGGGUAUGGUGACAUGUACCCGCAGACCUGGUCUGGCAUGCUGGUGGGUGCUCUUUGCGCUUUGGCCGGCGUGCUAACCAUCGCCAUGCCUGUCCCUGUCAUCGUCAACAACUUUGGGAUGUACUAUUCACUGGCCAUGGCGAAACAGAAACUACCAAAGAAAAAGAACAAACAUAUCCCUCGUGCCCCCCAGCUGGGCUCCCCAAAUUACUGCAAAUCGGGUAUGAACUCCCCCCACCCCAGCACGCAGAGUGACACGUGCCCACUGGCAGCACAGGAAGAGGUUUUAGAAAUAAACAGAGCAGAUCCCAAAGUGAACGGAGAAGCAGCCAAGGCAGCCCUGGCCAAUGAAGACUGUCCCCACAUAGACCAGGCCAUGUCGCCUGAGGACGGCCAGAUCUUUAACCCCUGUGAGCGGGGUGAACAGUCCUGCUUCCUCCUGACCAUGGGCGGCCGUCCCAGCCACACUGGGGCCAGAGUGAGGAAGGGUUGCCCAAAGUCCCGGAGUCUCGGCGCCAUUGCGGACGGGCGCGGAUCCACGGCCGAGGCGGCGUCGUUGUCUGCUGGGCCCCGCCCACUGCCCACUCUCUUGCAGCGUUCUCAUUCUCCGAUCUCGUCCAUUCUCUAA